CAUUCGUCAACUCGUACAGUUGUCGACCUCCGUCUAUCACUCCUCACAAGUUGCUGGAACCCAAACGCGUGUUAUCGUGUACAGUCCACAAGACUUGCUCGAUAUAUCAACGUUGUCGGCCGUCUUCGAGUUACUCGCUGCUACACAUGACUGAACCUACCGAAAUCGAUGCGCUCCUCGCCAAGGAUGUUCGAGGCGAGCAGGCCGAUGAAAGUGAUCACCGUCAAAGCCAACCGAAACCAUCGACCGGAGCACAGAUUCUCGAUUUAGCUAUUCCUGCGGGAGCCGCUCUAUUGAUCGAUCCCCUCAUGACCCUGGCGGAUACCGCCUUUGUGGGGCAUUUCAGUGACACAGCCGAUCAACUCGCUGGAAUGGGAUCGGCAGCGGCACUCUUGACCUUUUCCUUUUAUCUCUUCAAUUUCUUAUGCACCGCCACGACACCACUCGUCGCAGCCAAACGCGCAUCGGGUCAACAAGACGAAGCGAUUGCCUUGGGCGGCCAAGCCUUGUCACUGGCACUUAGUUUGGGAGGCCUUUUGACGGUCGGAUUGUGGACUUUCCGACAGCCCUUGCUGACCCUUAUGGGGACGGGCAGCACCGGCCCUGCCGCCAACGCGUACGCUAUGGCCUUUCUCUCGGUCCGGGCACUAGCAGCACCAGCCGUUCUCUCUAUUGAAGCAUCCGUCGGCGUAUUGCGAGGCUAUCUGGAUACCAAGACGCCGAUUGCAAUUUUGAUUGUGGCCAACAUCGUGAAUUUAUUCCUAGAUGUCGCGUUGAUAGCGUUUGCCGGCAUGGGUCCCAUGGGGGCGGCCAUUGCUACCACGACAGCGGAAUGGAUCAGUGCGGGGCUCUUUCUCGGGGUUCUGGCGGGUCGACUACCCGCAGCCGCGGGGCAACUAUCGGGCGUUUCUAUUCUACCCGCACGAUCAAUACCUUCGUGGAUAGACAUUCAACCUCUUAUUGUGGCCUCCUCUUCAGCAUUUUUCCGAUCUCUCGUGCUACAACUUUCUAUUUCUGCAGCCGCCGCCAUGGCGGCACGAGGCGGCGCCGAUAUGGAUACGGGAGCAGCCGCUUCCGUGGCUGCCCAUCAGAUUGGGAUUCAAUUGUGGUUACUCUGCAGUUUCUUUUGCGAUUCGCUCGCCGCAGCAUCGCAAGGGCUGGUGGCAGACGCUCUCGGUCGAGCAGAUAGAGGUGAUGUUUUGGAUGUAACCAAAACAGUAUUUGCCUACAGUCUUGGCCUAGGGAUAUUUCUAGCGACUCUGCUACAAGUGGGAGAAUCCACGAGUUGGUUGUUUGAUCUGUUCACGCAGGAUCCAUCGACCCGAGAAGCCCUAUCUGAAAUACUGCCGUUGAUCGUCCUUGCUCAACCGCUUAAUGCUCUCGUUUUCGCGGCAGACGGCAUUCUUCAGGGUGCGAACGAAUUUCCAUUUCAAGCCAAGGCAAUGGCGCUAUCUGGUCUCUCAGCAGUCUCAACUUUUGUCGUGUUGGAUAUGGCGGCACCCAACGUAGACACACUUGUUCAUAUUUGGACUGCCCUUAUUGCGCUCCAAGCGAUGAGAGGGAUGACAUCGUUGUACAAACUUGUCGAUCGAAGUGGUCCCAUCAAUUUACUCGCCGACAAAUAG